AAAGAAAGGUGGCCGCGGCGCGCUCCGCAGUGGCUGCCCCUCCAGCGCCAGGCUCCGCAAAAUAGCAGGCUGCAGAAGAGGCACAAACGCGCCCAGGCGCCACCAGCGAUCCGCACCGCAUCGCUCUGGGACCCUCUGCAGCGCGGGCAGCGAAGCCGUCUCCUCGGGUAGCCCACAGGGUGUUGCACAGAGCGCAUUGCUGUGCAACACAACAUGGAGCCCCCCGCCGCAGACCCACCGGAAGAAGAAGCAGCGACACCAACUCUGCUAGAAAAGUUCCGCGGCCGCAACACCAUGCUUAGCGUCCUCGGGGAGCACAAGGCGCAAGAGGCGAAACGCGAGGCCAAGCGCCAGCGCGAGAUGGAGAGGAGACGAAAGCUCGCGCGGAGGAUAGCCAUCUACCUGCGGGUCGGCGUCUGCGAUUAUCGAGGAGACGCACUGUCGCGCGACGCGAGUUCGAGAUUGAUAAAGGCGGCCCAACAAAUAGCGGGAGACCGCAAAGUCCUCGGACGCGCGCUGCGCGCGGCGACGGAGUUCAUGAAGGACGAGCUGCUGUACGAAGAAGAGCUGAGCGAACAGGGCGGGCUGGACGAGUCCUUCGUGCGCUCCGCGGACUCCUACGAGCGUUUACCACAAAAGCCGUUCGUGCCGCACCGCCGGACUUUACGACCCGUGACGCUCAUUCGCUUGAUCGGCAAAGAAGUGGAGCACUUGGAUAAUCCGGAGGCUGCUUUAGACUCAUUGCUGUACCAGGCUUCAAGAUUGUUAAACGACUUUUCGGAUGAAGGCACGCCGCGCGCUUCCAUUGAAGAGACGCCGUGCCCGUCGCCGGACCGCCAGUCGCGGGAACGCUUGGACUCGAGAUGUUUCGACUCCGAGCGCAUCUUCCGGAAACGGUGCGUGUGCAGUGUCGCGAGGUGCCUUCCAACUAGCGUCGACGGCGUCGGCACGUCGCGUCGAUGGCGGGAUGGCAUUAGCGCGUCGCUGGCGUGAUGGCGUCAGCGUGUCGCUGGCGCGAUGGCGUCGGCGCGUCGAUGGCGUGAUGGCGGCGGCGCGUCGCGUCGACGGCGUGAGGUGGACCCAAUCGAUCGAGCCACGAGAGUUACCCCACGCAGGGAGGCGUACCUGCGCAAGCAGCGGGGCAGCAUGCUCGAGGAGGACGAGCAGAUCCAGGAUUCCGACAUCGCGAUCAGACAGAAGAGCGCCCAACUCGAUAGUAUAAGAGUGGACGAGGACGACGAGUUGUCUGAUUCGCCCUUCAAGCACGUCGAACGAAGGGAGACGAUCAAGGAGCGGCGGAAACGCGAAGGGCCUCGCAAGAAGAAAUUAUCUAAACAUAUAGCGAAGGAAAGCGCUUUCUUGAUGGAGCUCGACGCCCUGGAAGCGAAGGAACUCAUCGACGCGGCCUGCAGCAACAAGACGAAGAAAGUGUUAGCUAUAAUUAAGAAAUCGGCCGAUGGGACGCCGGGCGCGCCGUCGCUAGAUGAAUUAUUUAACACCUUGCACCCGCAGACGGGCUAUGCCGCCUUGCACGCCGCCGUGGAGUUCAAUAGAACUACAUGUGUGAGAGCGAUGUUGAAGCAUGGCGCCGACAUCAAUUCACCGUUAUCUCCAAUGAAACGAACACCACUACACAUAGCAGCAUUGCAGUGCAACCCUCCACUCGUACAAUUGUUGAAGGACGAGGGCGCGGACCACAUGCUUAUUGACGAACAAUUCAAGCGAGCCUACGAGUUGGUACCGGAGGAGCGCUCGUCGUCAGAUCCGCUCAUAAGUGUCAUGAUGGAGUCCCUGAAAGAUGGCCCGGAUCGAGUAGAGUCGGUCCAACUCCGACAGACUUCACAAAGGUCCUUCGAGGUGCACUGGGACAUCCUCGGGGAUUCGAUCGCGUCCACCGCAGCCUCGACGAGGUUCUUCCGCGUGAACUGGGAGCAGCCCGUCGAGCGGAAGGAGACGGAAGAAUACGGCAACGUAGUCGCCUGCUAUGCACCCCCGGACGAGUGUUGUGCCUUAUUUACGGAAAAACAGGAAGGUGUUAAGCUCAGACACGUCAAGCGUUGUGAGCGCGUGCAGAACGAGUUCACGGAGGAGCGCAUGACGACGUUCGAGGAGGAGGUGAAGGGCGUCUCUAUCAUAAAGCAGUUGUGGCCCUCCACUAGGUAUCAAGCCUAUGUUCGAGCGUCGAACGCCGCGGGCCUAGGACCGCCCUCGCCCAUGGCGUUUACCUACACGAAGCCGGACGUGCCCGAUCAACCCGGAGCGCCCUUUCUAUGUCAUGUAACUGCGUCGUCAGUGGUCGCGGCGUGGCUGCCACCGAGAUACGACAACGGUAGGGAAGUAGAAGCUUAUGAAUUACAAAGGUAUGUGAUUGGUGGUACUAGAGCGGAGAAAUUCCGACGAGCGCUAGCCAUCGACAACAAUCCCAAAAGAGCUGCUGCGUUAGUCAAGGAGUGGACUAGUCAGAGGAGGCCGGACGGCGAGACGAGCGAUGAUCCCAAUGACUGGACCAUUGGGAGACGAGAGUGGCUCUCGUGUAGAUACUCGUUGCGAGAGCGGGCUAUUUUUUCUUUUUCUGGCUUGACCUUGGGCGAGAAGGUCUGUCUCAGAGUAAGGUGCCAGUCGGAUCUAGGGUGGUCGAAGUGGUCGCGGAUCUCUUCGGUCUUCGAGACUGGUUCCUCAAUUUAUGUCUCGGACGUCGACUCGAGAUCUGUAACAGUAAGAUGGGACGCCAACGCCGUUCUCGCUAUAAAAUGGGAGCUCCAGGUCCAGUUGCAGAAAACCUCAGGUGCAUUGCCGCCCUGGGAGACCGUGGCGGAUGAUCUGGAAACCACUUCCCGUAAAGUUGAUGAAGGUUUAUUACCGGGCUGCGCCUACCGGUUUCGCGUGAGACCCCUCGAUGCGUUCGGCUGGCGCGACUGGGACUUCGCCAUUAUCACAGAUACCGUACGACUUUUAGAAGAUGUGCCCGACGCGCCCUCUCAACCAGUAGGUGAUCUGCACAAAGCCACCGAAAAAACAGUUUACGUGGAGUGGGCGCCGAACCACGACAACGGGCAGCCGAUAACAUCGUAUGAAUUACAACACAUCCCCUGCACGGAUGACGGCGAGGACUCGUUUGACGAAGCUAAAAGUGUCGAAUUAAUAGCGGUGCACAAAGCAUACCGAUUGGAGGGGUGCCCUCCCCUAUCGCGGUACGUGUUUCGGGUCCGCGCCAAAAAUAAACACGGCUGGUCGGACUGGUCCCGCAUUUCAAAGGCGUGCUCGACCUCGACCAUUCUCCCGCCGGGCGUGCCCUCCUUGAUGGAGGCGGGCGCGACGUGGCUGGAUGUGCACUGGAGCCCGGCGCCGAACGGCGGGGUCGUCAAGUACGAAGUGCAAUACAGGGAGGCGACGGCGCCGGUCUGGCGCGGCGGGGCUGUACAUGAGUGGCUUCCUUUAAUCGGGCGCGACGAGCUGCGCGACGACCGCGUCGUGCUGCCUGAUUUGCGUCCGCAGAAAGCCUACGAGUGUCGGGUCCGGGCCCUCACGCUCGAGGGGUACUCCGUGUUCACGGACGCGUCCGAGGCGAUGGUGACGGGGCGGCGGUAUUAAUGUUGAUUUGUGCUUAA